AUGGUGAAAGAAGCUCGUAUCUCGGCUAUAAAUUUGUACAAAAAGGGACAUAAAGCAAAAGCUAUAUCGAAACUGCUCAAAAUGCCACUUAGAACCAUGUACGACGCUAUCAAACGAUACAAGGAGACUGGUGGAUGUGAAGAUAGACAAGGAAGGGAACGAAAACCAACAGUUAUUACUUCGGAUAAUCUCAACAAAAUACGUUGCCAAAUUUAUCGCAAUUCUGUCCAAUCAAUGCGACAAAUGGCUAAAACCAUUGGCAUUAACCGCGAAUCACUUAGAUUGAUGGUCAAAAACGGCUUAAAAUGCCAUUCUUAUAAGCUGGUUCGGUGUCAUUAUCUGACGGAAGAAAUGAUAAAGUAG